AUGCAAACUUCUCGCGCCCUGUUUGAAGCCAUGGAUCCCUUCGUGUUUCUGCUGCAGAGCGUGGACUGCCCCGUCCGCGUGCACACCGUGAAUAGAGAGACAACUUCUGGUACACUACUGGCGGUGGACGACCAUUGCAACAUCAUGCUGAAGGAUUGGAGCACUACGGGGCACCUGCCGUCAAUCGAGGGGGCGGCACCGGCAUCCCUUCGCUUCAUCCGGGGGGAGCAGAUCAGAACAAUUACUCUCGCUCCCCAAUCGUAUCAGGUUAACUGA